UUUCUAAUUUCGGUUGUUUGUUUGUGUUCCAGUGGCGCGCUGCCCGAGCCGACAGAGUUUGCGGUAACUUUUUGCAUAAAAACCUGGCGACGUCCAGAGAUUCUGUACAGUUCUCUGGAACUUUGCUUACAAUUAGGUAGGACAAUACACGCAGCAGCGCCGCGCACAGAUUACACAGUUAGCAGGAGACCCGAGCCCAACCAUGUCGAAGCUAAGCGCCCUGUUCGUGCUCAGCUGCCUGCUGGCCCUGGCCAUGGCCCUGCCGGAGGCCCGCCUACAGCAGCGCCAGCAAUUGCGCCAGCAGCAGCAGCAGAAGCUGCAGCAUCCAUAUCUCUUCUUCAGCGUGCCGCGGGGACGCGCCAAUGCCGGCGCCGUGGUGCAGGGCUUUGAGGUCGUUGAGGAUCUCGACGACGUGGAGAACGACGAUGAUGACGACGAUGCCGAUGAGGGCAACAGCAUGCCACUGCGACGCCUGCAGCACAGCUUCGCCGACGACGAUGACGAUGACGAUGAUCAGAUGAUCGAUGAUGAUGACGACGAUGAUGAUGAGCUGCCGGUGCAGCGCGGCUUCGCACGCAACGGCCAGUUGGUGCUGCUGAACGAUGAGGACGACGAGCAGGACGAUGAGGACGACGAGGACGCACAGCUGCCCCCCACGCAGAUGAUGGUGGCCAGGGACCAGGCCGGCGCCAUCAUGGUGCCCGACGGCAUCAUCGAGAUCGAGGGCCAGAGCGUGGUCGACGAGAAGACCGGCAAGGCGGCGCUCCUCGUGCCGCGCGCCGCCCUCGACGCCAUUCCCGAUGGCGCCGUUGUCGCCCUGAUGGAGCGCUCGAGCGCCAGCGACUCGAGCGUCGGCGAGGAGCGCGCCAAUCGCGUCAUUGUGCGCCGCCGCAAGAUCGCCGGACGCCGCAAUGUCCGGCGUCGUCGUCGCGGCGGCCGUCCGGUCCGCCGUCGCGCCGGUGGCCGUCGCCGUCGCGGCAACCGUCGCAACGUCCGCGUCAUCCGGCCCGGCGGCAAUCGGCGACGGGGCAACCAGCGUCGUCGUGUCGCCCUCCAGGGCUAA